GGACACCGCUCGUGUUGCCCAUCGCUGUCUGAGCAUUUGUUAUACCAGAAGACGUAGAGUACAGCGAAACGCACUGCUUUGCGCGGCCAUCGAGCUCACGGCUGUCCGUGGUACAUUGCCAUCAUCCGGGGACCGCGAUUUGCUGGCGCUUUUGCAACACCAUCACCUCCGGGCUGUCCUGUUUGUAUCUCGGAAGGUAUACAACAGUUCGGAACUCUACAGCGCCCAUGACUAUACUUUCUGUCCUGGUCUUUGUCGCGCAGGGACAAAUCCGGCUAGGUGCCCAUUUGUGUACCACCACGCCGUCGAUGCAAGGAUAUACUGAGCCCACUGAAAUCCCCGCCCCCUAUGUGUUUGGAAUCCAAGUACCGACAUACCUGCACGUUAUUCCGUCGCUCAAGAACCGCACCGUGUACAGGUGGAGGUACAGUGGCUUGGUCGAAGGAGGCUAUGACAGCCGCUCCAGUGGGUUACACUUGCGGGGCACUCGGACGUAUGCAUGCCUAGAUGUAGGAUUCGUCCGAUGAGUGAUAAGUUCCCAUGAGAAUGUCAUUGAUUAGAAUAUGCUGUGUCUGCCUUCUCAUUGCUCCGUCAGA